AUGUCUUCCAACGGUGAUACAUCAAAAUAUGUUUCUCCAAAUAAGCCUCGUUAUCAGGUCACACAGUCCGUAUCUGAAGCAUCAACCCCUUUAAAACCUCAUCGAUCGCAUCGUCACCACCACCAUCAUCAUCCGCAUAUACAUCGUCGAGACAGGGACGAGAAAUCGUCCCAAUAUACUCUGCAGAAGGCUCUCAAUCCAUCUAGAGAAGUGUCGAGAAGUGAGGGAGUUUCUCCAAACGAAAGUCGUAAUGGAAGCCGCAGGCCUAGCAUCUUUGGGUCUGCAGUGGAUGGCUUCGAUUUGCCUCGAGACAACGAAAGAAGGCCUUUAAGGGAAGGCGAGCUCGAAGCCGAGAAGGAAAAGGGUGCCAUGAUGGCUACGGAGUUGCGAAAUACUUUGGCGGACGUCAACAUUGUGGCAGAUAAUACAACAAGGCAGCUGGACACGACAUAUUAUUCAGUUUUAGAAAAACUAGGGGAUCUUCAUAAGACGAUUGACUCCCUCAAAGAGUUGGCAGCUAUGACGAGACAAUUGAACGAGGAAUUUAAUACGGAGGGAGAGGAGCUUGUACAAGAAAGUCGAGCACAAUUAGAAGGUUUUGAAGGAUUCGAAGCACAGGAAAGGAUAAUCAAAGCAUUAGAGAAACGUGUGAAAGAAGGACGAGAUACAAUCAACACGUUGAGUGGGCGGGUAAAUGUUGUUAAAAAGCGAGUCAAGGGCUGGGAACAAGCAGAGCAGGAAUGGCAAGACAAAACACGAAAGCGACUGAAGAUGUUGUGGAUUCUCAUGUCAAUAUGCGCGACUAUUUUGCUAUCAAUUGUUAUUUUGGCGUACAUCCCAUCGAGAGGGCAAGGAUAUGGAGCUGCAAAAUUCAACGAUUCCAAUUCGAUGGCGCCGAGGGAGUUGGAAAAGGUCAAAAACGAGACGAUAAAUAUGCAGAACCCUACUUUGGAUACGAGUAUAUUGGGGAAUUCAACACAUGGGAGUGAAGUCAUCAACAAGGAAGCAGGCAAACCGGCAGAGGACCCAAGACUUAAGAUAUUCGAUGAGAUAUGA